GGAAAGCGGCGGCCAUGGCUUCUCCUCUCGGAGGCCUCGGGGCCUGAGGGGCCCGCAGGUCCCGGGCCGGCAGUGUGCGCCGCUAUGGACGCGGCCGAGGUGGAGUUUCUGGCCGAGAAGGAGCUGGUCACCAUUAUCCCGAACUUCAGUUUGGAUAAGAUCUACCUCAUCGGCGGGGACCUGGGGCCUUUCAACCCUGGUCUGCCGGUGGAGGUGCCUCUGUGGUUGGCGAUUAACCUGAAACAAAGACAGAAAUGUCGGUUGCUCCCUCCAGAGUGGAUGGAUGUAGAAAAGCUGGAAAAGAUGAGGGAUCAUGAGCGGAAGGAAGACACUUUCACCCCAGUGCCCAGCCCGUACUACAUGGAACUCACCAAACUCCUGUUAAAUCAUGCUUCAGACAACAUCCCGAAAGCAGAUGAGAUCCGGACCCUGGUCAAGGACAUGUGGGACACUCGCAUAGCCAAACUCCGUGUGUCCGCCGACAGCUUUGUGAGGCAGCAGGAGGCGCAUGCCGAGCUGGAUAACUUGACCUUGAUGGAGAUCAAUACCAGCGGGGCUUUUCUCACACAAGCGCUCAAUCACAUGUACAAACUCCGCACAAACCUCCAGCCUUCCGAGAGUGCCCAGUCUCAGGACUUCUAGAGAGGCUGUGAUUCGUAAAGGUCUGGCGGCAGGUGGCUUGCUGGGGGACGUGACAGAGGUACUCGUGGUUCUGGAGCUCAAGAGACACUUUAGACCAUAUGAAAAACAUGUAUGAUGGUGCAAGGAAUACAUGCGUAACAUUGUUGGAGAAAUAAGUCGGAUUAGUCCUCAUCUCGGCUCCCUGGAAUGUUCUUUAAUUCCACAUCUAUUUCUAGAAGCCAGCUUUUCUUUCAUGGAAGAGAGAGAAAAGGUAUAGGCAAAUAAGUUAUUCUCCCAAGCAGAACUGUCAUGCAUAGGUGAGUGUUCAGUGACUGUGAGGUGUAGAUAUAGCAGGAGCGGCACUGUACCAACAGCUGUUUUCCCCCUUCUUGAUCCUGGUUUCUUGGGCUAAAUUUAGACUCCUACAGAGGUUGCUCACAGAGGAUGGCAGAUGGAGCAGCUAGUGAUGCUGACCAGUGCUUAUCUGCUAAGCUCCGAUCCACAAUAAAAAUGGAGCAACCCC